AUGCCAAGUUGUGACCGAUGUAUUCAGAAAGGAAUUAAAUGUGAAUAUAAAGAAUCGAAAAGAACACCAAAUGGUCAACCUGGUCAACCAAUUGAAACUAGUCAACCACAAGAAAAAUCAACGAGGAAAAAGAAAAAAUCAAAAUCUCAUUCAUUUGUAUUGGAAUCAACAAAUGGAAAGGAUGAAAAAAAUGAUAAUGAGAUAUCAAUUGAAGAGGAAGGAUUAUCAAAGAGACAAGUUAUUGAUUUUUACUUUAGUUUUGCAAGUGAUGGAUUUCCUCUAAUGAAUAAGGAUGAUCUGGAAAAGUGUCCAUCUCUGUAUUCAGUCUAUCUCAAAGAUAUUGAUGAGGAGAGAAUGAUUAUCAAGGAAGAUGAAACAGUAGAUAAUGAAAAAGUAAAUAAGGAACUGGUGGCAUUGUUUUUGGGAACUAAAGCUGUUUGUGAAGUGAGAUGUGGAAUGAUGGAGGUUAGUGAAAAAACAGCCAAACUUGCCCGAGCAGCAGUUAGUAGAUAUUUUGAUAGUCAUGAAAGCUUUUUCGUUGCUACUACCUAUGCUCUCUUAGCUCAAUUUGAAAUUUGGAACUCGAGAAUUACCAAUGCCAAGUUUUACCUUCAAUUCCCAGCUUUUUAUCUCAGAAAUAAGUAUCUUCAAAAACCAGGAUGUGAUAUUUCACCAACUUCAGGCGAACACGAAGUUGGUCAAUGUACAAAAUGUAUGUCAAUCAUGACCAAAUACGAAAAGAAUUUGGAAAACAAUAUUAAUUGGGUGGAAAGAUGUACCCAUUCACUAAGUUCAAAUAAUGGAAAUAAUACCAAGAGAACAUUUUUUGAUGUUUCCUAUGCAGAUGGAGGAUUUAUUAGCGAAAUUCCUAGAUACUUUACAAUUUUCACUGGUUUGAAAUUUCCAACUGAAUGGAUUUCCUCUCUAAAUCAAGAAGUUACAGUUAGUAAUUGCUUUGAUUAUUUACAAUUGUUAGAUUCAAUCUUUGCAUUUACGACGAGAAACAUGAGAGAAAGAUCAAAUAUUGAGCUAAUCGCCUCAAAGACCAAUCCAACACUAGAUCUGGAUAACAAUUCUCCAUCGUGCAUCUUUCAAGGAGAUUAUCAAUAUAUUGCCUUGUAUGAGAGAAUGCUAGAUGUCGUAUUGAAUGGAUUAAAGAUUAGAAUUCUCACCAAAUUGGGAUGUAGUGGUAGAGAUCGUGAGAGAGAAACAAUUGAACAAGCAGCAUUGAAUAUUACAAUGGCAACUCAACACGAACUGUUUCCACUCUUCCUUCCAUAUCUAGUUCCAUAUAUUUCAGCAGCAACACUUGUACAUUUGAGAGUGUUAAAGAUGAAUAUUCAAUCCUAUAGUUCGAGCACUUCAACAAUUGUUUCACAACAUAGAGCCAACAAUUGGUCAACUUUAAUGUAUUAUGAGGAUAUUUUGAAAAAGGACUUGAGAGCUAUGCAAAUUAUGGCUAAAAGAUUCAAGCUAGUCAGUCUUAACUAUAGCAAAUUAAUGAAAGAAAUCGAGGACACAUUUGAAAAUUUAGAAAAUCUGAAACGAUCCACAAAACCAACAAUUACAGAAUAUGAAACUUCUCUUCCACAACAAUUCCUGACCUAUCGACAUAAUCCACACAAUCAGCGAGCACACAUGUUGCAUCCUCCAUCACAAAUUCAAUCCAAUAAUAUGCAACAAGCCACGAAUUUCAAUUUUAAUCCACCACAAGUCCCUCAACCAUCAGCAUCUUCCUCAACAACCAUGCAAAAUCCUGGUCUAUUCUCACAAAUCAUACCAAAUAAUUCACUUCCACUCCAUAUGGAAUUGCAAUCUGCUUCAUAUUUUGCUAAUUUAAUGAGUUCACACCAGAUGGCCGGUGGUCCACCAAUGAGUGGUUUUGACACAACCUCUGCAUUUGGAAAUCUUUUAAUGAUGCAACAGAAUCCUCUCAUCAGUAAUCCAUCACUAUCUUCCUCUAGCUCAGCAAAUACAAACACAAAUAAUAAUAAUAAUAAUGGUAUGGAAUCAUUUGGUGGUGGUUUUGGUGGUUUUGGAAUGGGAGGUGUGUUUGAUCCAUUCUUAACUGAGGAAGAUUUGGAUUUAAUCUUCUCAAUUCAAAAUAAGGAACAACAACAACAGGUCAAUAAUUUAUCAGUCAACCAAACUGUUUCAAGUAACAAUUUGGGUGAUCCACUCCAAUCAAUUUCCCAACUUAAUAGUGCAACAAUUCAUGAUAUGAUUGAUAAACAUGUUCAACAAAAUGAAAGAAGAUAAACCAAUUGAUAUUCAAAAAUUAUUU